CCCGCCCACACCCGCGGGCUUGUCCGGCGCGCGCCGUUUCCCGCAGACCCGGAAGUUGAUUGCGUGGAGAGAAGGUGACCCAGCGUCCGGAUUGACUUCUAAAGACUCAUGUUGGGUGAAGAAGAAGCCCAGAUGAGGAGGAAGAGGAAAGAAAACCAGCCAGGAAUGGCUUUGACUCAGGGACAUUUGACAUUCAGGGAUGUGGCCAUAGAAUUCUCUCAGGAAGAGUGGAAGUGCCUGGACCCUGCUCAGAGGGCUUUAUACAGGGCGGUGAUGUUGGAGAACUACAGGAACCUAGUCUCCCUGGCAGGAAUCUCUCUUUCUGACCUGAGUGUUAUCUCCAUGUUGGAACAAGGGAAAGAGCCCUGGACUGUGGAGAGUGAAGUGAAAACAGCAAGAAACCCAGAUGGGGGGAAAUACAUGAAAGGUGUGAACUCAGGGAGAAGCUGUACAUUGGGAGGUGAUGCAGAAAACAAUCCUCUUAACAAUGGAUGUGGAUUAAGCUUUCAACUAUAUCUGCCAGAAAUGCAGUUAUUUGAAGCUGAAGGGAAAACUCUUGUAUGUAAUCAAGUUGAAAAGUAUAUCAACCAUAUUUCCUCAUUUUCACCACUUCAAAACAUUCCUUCUGUCAAAACCCACAUUUUUAAUAAAUAUAGGAUUGAUUUUGUUGAUUCUCCAUUACUCACACUAGAACAGAAAGCAUACAUUAGGGAAAAACCUUACAGAUGUAAUGAGUGUGGCAAAGCUUUUAGUGUAUCUUCAAGCCUUACUAACCAUCGAGUGAUCCAUAAGGGUGAGAAACCUCCCAAAUGUAAAGAAUGUGGCAAGGUCUUCAGGCACAAUUCAAACCUUGUACGACAUUGGAGAAUUCAUACUGGAGAGAAACCUUACAAAUGUAAUGAAUGUGGCAAAGUCUUCAGAUACAAUUCACAUCUUGCAGAACAUCAGAGAAUUCACACUGGAGAGAAACCUUACAAAUGUAAUGAAUGUGGAAAGGCCUUCAAUCGAGUUUCACUCCUUGCACAACAUCGGAUAAUUCACACUGGAGAGAAACCUUACAAAUGUAACGAAUGUGGCAAGGUCUUCAAUCGAGUGUCACUCCUUGCACAACAUCGGAGAAUUCACACUGGAGAGAAACCUUACAAAUGUAACGAAUGUGGCAAGUUCUUCAAUCAGGUUUCAAGUCUUGCUCGUCAUCGAACAAUUCAUACUGGAGAGAAACCUUACAAAUGUAAUGAAUGUGAAAAGGCCUUUAGCCACAAUUCAAAACUUGCAGAACAUUGGAGAAUUCAUACUGGAGAGAAACCUUACAAAUGUAAUGAAUGUGGCAAGGUCUUCAGUCGAGAUUCACGGCUUACUCGACAUCGUAGAAUUCAUACUGGAGAGAAACCUUACAAAUGUAGUGAAUGUGGCAAAGUUUUCAAUCAAAUUUCACACCUAGCUCGACAUCGGAGAAUUCACACUGGAGAGAAACCUUACAAAUGUGAUGAAUGCGGAAAGGCCUUCAGUCACAAUUCAAAUCUUGCAGAACACUGGAAAAUUCAUACUGGAGAAAAACCUUACAAAUCUUAAUGAUUGUGCAAAAUCUUCAGUCAAGUUUCACACCUUGUACAACAACAUUGGACCGUUCAUACUGGAUAGAUACCCUACACAUGUAAUGAAUAUAGCAUGGUCUCAGGCAAGAGAUAUCCCUUAUAGUUCAUGAGAAAAUUCAUACUGGAGGGAAAUCUUACAAAUGAAUGAAUGUGGCAAGGUCUUUAGUUGCAGUUUACAUCUUGCAUGAUAUUGGAGUAAUCAUACUGGAGAGAAACCCUACAAAUGUAAUGCAUGUGGUAAGGACUUCAGUCACAAUUCACAGCUUUUACAUCUGAAAAUUCAUUCAUGACUGAGACCUUACAAUUUCAGUGAGUAUGGGAAACUCUACAUCAUAAAUGAUAGCAUUAAUCAACACCAGAGAGUGCAUACUAAGGAGAAAUUCAAUAAAUGUAUGUGUUACAGGCUUUAUCCAGGCCUCAUAGCACAAUGGACAUCAAAGUGUACAUUUUUGAUAAAACCAUACAAUGGAAUGUGAAUACAAAUUCAAUGAAACCAUACAAAUAGAAUGCAAUGUUUACUAUAGGACAUCAGAAGAUUUACACAGGAAAUAACUCAGUCUCUUGUUCUCCAGUAUUAAAUUGUGAUAUUACAUACUGGAGAUAAUUACAAGUCAAACUAAGUUGAACCUCAUCACAUGAUAUAUAGCAUAUGUUCAAGGACAUAUGGAAAUGGUCUGUUAUAUUUAGGUUAUAAGAUAAUUAUUUGGGUUUUUUUUUAAAUGACUACUCUUUAUAAGUGUCAACUUAUAAACUUGAAAUCUCUCCAUAUGCCUUCCUUACUGAUGUCUUGGAAAGAAUGAGAUGACAGACUGACUUGAUUAGUGAGAAUCAUUUCUAUCCAGUUUCCUGGAAGAAUAAGGACACUUUAUUUUGAAACUAAAUAUUGUCUGAGAGAGUCUGGAGAUGGGCAGACAAAAAGAUAAAAGUGUGAUAUCAGUUAUGCUUAUUGGAAUCACCACACACUUCUCCUGACAGAAGGGCACAGUGGUUAUAGGAAAGACAUUCUACUAAUAGACUGAAAUAGAGCAUGACCUUUGGAAAUUGGGAUUUUUUUCGGAAGAGAGUAAGAGGUUAUUAGGAACUGAUUAUGUGGUAAAAAAAAUGCAAAGGAAACAGUGGCUACCUUCUCCACUGAAUGGCAAUAGCUUUUAUUUAGCAAAGACUGAGUCUUGUUUUUCAAAUUGAAGAGAGAAGACAUUUCAAAGUAGAGAUUUCAAUCAAAGCUAUGAAUAUAGGAUGUUCGUGAAUAGGAUUCACACUUUCUUACUGGCAAUAUAAUUUGCAACUAUUUUAUAUAGAAGGUGUCCUAGUUCUCAUGUUCUAACUAAAAAAUUAAUUUUUUAUAACUAUGAGUGAAUCACAUUUUAUCUACCAACAAUAUUUUAUUCUACCUCAGGAGGAUACUUCACAAUAGACAGUAAUAAUAUACCAUUAGUCCCUUAAAGUUGAAGCAUCUAGAACAUUCUUGUGUGGGUGUGUGUGUGAAAUCAAACAACAUAACACAUUUUGGUACAUAUGCUUAGGUCAGUAUGAUUUUGGGUAGAUAUUAUUAGCACUUGAGUUCUUCUCUAUACUCCUAGAUCCUUAUGUGGAUAUGUUGAAAAUCCCUUAACAGUAGAACUUCAGAUGCAUAUAUCCUCAAACAUCCAUUGCUGUUGAUGAAACAUGCACUGUAUUAUUAUAUUUCUAUGUGCCCCUUUUUUUUGUGUGCCAAAUUAGACCCAUGGCAUGUACCGUCAUUUUUUAUGAAGCAAAAAUACAAAUAUAGUAGUAUGGAAAAUAUUAUAAAAUGAAAAAAAGUAUGGUGAAUAAGGAUAAAAAUAACACUAUUGUUUUUUUGUCCUUGCUGUGGUCAGUGUUUCUAAUUUGAAAAUAUUAAUGUUCAUGAACUUCCAUGUAUGAAUGAGCAUACAGAAUGGGAAUUUUUGUAGAUAAAGUGGAAACUUCGUAUAUUUACCCUCAUACCAUUUUUGGUAUGUUCGAUUUUUCACCACCCCACUGGAACUUGAUUAAAGUGCUCCUGACAUUGAGUUUGGAUGAUGAGAGUGAUAACUCUAUACAUUGAAGUGUUACGAGGAUGUUUAUUACAUAAUGAGGCUUUCUAGGGAAAGCACCUUGUCCAAAACUGGCUUUAUUGAACUGGUAUAUAAGACUGACUUUCAGUGUUAUGAUUGCUAAAGGGUGGGGUUGGGAUGGAGAUACCUACUUGUGGUUUGAACUUCCAGUUGCUGCAAAGGAGAGAAUAUUCAGGCUUUAUUGUUAGCAUGACCAGGUAGGCAGAAUAAGCUUAGGGAGUACAGAGGUAUAAUGUUACCAUCACAUAAUGUAGUCUGACUCUUUAGUACCAUAUUGUAUCUUUACUCUUCAAACUCCCAGUGUUGGGCCAGGUGCGGUGGCUCACGCCUGUAAUCCUAGCACUCUGGGAGGCCG